UUUUCCGCGGCAUCCCCGAUUACCAACCCCCUUCACGCCUAAUGUUGCUGUACCUCAACCCUCCCCCGUAUCAGAGGAGUAGAAACAACAAGCCGCCAUUUUGUUUGUGCGGACAGACCGAAAGAGGCAGGAGAUACCGAGAAAGAAAGCGACUUCAGCGCCGAUAAUAGCGACUCCRAGACCCGCCGGUGAAAGAGUGGCGAUGUCGUGUCGGUGCGAAAAGAGGGAUGAAAGUAAAAACAAAAGAUAAGGCAGAAGAAGAAUGAGGGAGUGAAAAAAGGAAAAUCUCUGAAAAUCCAAGGAAGGGGUGUUUUUACGGAGCGGAGAGGCGGAAGAAGGCAAUAUAUUUAACGAAGAAAAAAACCUGCGAGCGAAAGAAAAAAUAGAACACGAAAAAAAUCAUAAUUUACCCAUCGCCACAGAUGAAAAAAUGCACGCAUAGACAAAUAUACCGAUACAUGUAUAUUGGGUAUUUGAGGGGGGGUAAAAGGCAGGUUUAAAUGAAAAUAUUAAUUAGGAUAAUCGUGAAGGGGGGGCAUUUACCACCACAAAGACUCAAUGAAAGGAUUUUGUGAACCACAAAUAUGUUUGGGGGUGUUGUUAUCAUUAUCUUAUGGACGAAGCUUGACACUUUUUUAAAAUAGCCAUAAUAUUGUAGCGACCCCCCUCGCUUUAUCAGAUUUUCGCUCAUCGCUGUAUUCUCUUGUUCUUGGUCGGGAAUUUUUUCUUCACUUGCAUUGCAACCUAAAUCAGCAUACGCAGUGACCGAUGAUUUCUUGCAAUAUUUAUCAACCAAUUUCAUCUUUCUAAUCAAUGGUGAUGUUAUUGCAGUAGGUUAUAUGAUUACCUUUGAAGACCUUUCUUUGGUAAGCUUUAAAUCUCAAACACUUGGGCAAGUAAACCAAACGUCCUCUGCAAAAUGAAUCUAGGACUAAUUGAAUCAAUCUGAUAAGACAUUAAUUGGCACAUUCUGGGCUAUAACCCAAACGAUUUUUGCAACAUCAAAUCUCAGAAUUUAGCCUAAAUUAUUUUUCAGGACACAAACUAAUUGCUCAAAAUUGUAUUGCUUCAAUUUAACCUCAUUGCAUGUAAUUGGCAUAAUCGCGCAAAGGGGUGCAACAUCCAAAUGUGCAUUCGGUGUCCGUUAUUUUUUCCAAUUCAGUGCGGUGCAUUGACAAACGAACAAAAUAAUGACACGAUGUAGACUACAAGUAGAUGCUAAGGGAAAUGUAUUAAGUGCAUCGAAUUAAUUUAUCGAAUAGGAGACCAUAGGUGUAGUACAGCCUAUCCUAUUGGAGAACGGAACUUGAUCAGUCAGCUUCACUGUUUUUUUUUUCAGAUCUGAAUUGCACCCCUAUACAGUUGUAUUUAUCUAAAAGACAAUGCGAAUUGUUUUCARUGUUGAAUGAGGUUUUUAACCCAUGCUUUAAAUGCAUCUUAAACCACUAUCACUCAUUGGGACUGGGUAUCCCGGUUUCAUAGCCCGAAAUAUAGAUAAGCCUAUCAAGUUCUUGUUUCUUGACGAUCCCAAUUUACGUAUGUGGAUGAUUUUGAUAUUCUGUCACUGUCGGACACAUUCAUCUGUGUUUUUUUUAUUAGACUAAAGGACCUAACGCCAUAAUUGUAUUAUUUGACAACUCAUUACUUUGUGGUAAUGUUGGGAUCAAAUUGCAUUGACUGCAAUGGCAAUUCAGACACAGUGGAAGAUUUAUCCGUUUUCGGGUCCCUCAUAACUGUUGCAUGAGACGAGGCCCCCCAAAGGUAGCUACCACUGGGGUACGGUUUGCUUGUGUUUAUCGCGUUUCCCAUUUUGCUUCCCUGGACACGACCCCUCAGUAGAGUGCUUUAGAAUUAAACACUCGAUUUCGCCGGCGACUAUGGCGGAAAAGACUGAUGCUGCUAUGGAGGACAGGUCUUGGGACAAUUUUUCCAACGCCAAAGCGGCUAAAUGAGAUUGUCGAAGGCCUACUUGCUUGUCUUUUUCAUCGACUCCACCUUCCCUCCUCCUUCUAAACUCGGAGAAAUCUAUAAAGGAACAAAAUCUCCGACAGGGGAGGGGGAUUGAUAGCGACCGCUAAGCAUAGAUCGAGAGUUGGAACGCUGAAAGGAGGAAGAGUGUAUCGCAAUUGCCUCCUUCCCCCCUACCGUCCCUAAACGGUGGGGGAAGAAUCACAAACAUUUACGGAAGGGAAGUUUGAAAGAACUCGGACGCAAACAAGGGAAUAAGCCAAUCAUUUGUGGAUAUAUAGCUAUUUUUUAAUUCGUGAAAAAAUAUGGCCGAUAAUGUUCUGGAGUCCGGCCCGCCUUCAGCCAAGAGGCCUAAACUAUCAUCCCCUGCUCUCUCAGUCUCCGCCAGUGAUGGAAACGAUUUCGGUUCACUCUUUGACCUGGAGCACGACCUCCCUGAUGAGCUCAUCAACUCGUCGGAGCUGGGCCUGGUCAACGGAGGGGACCUCAGCCAGCUGCACACCAGCCUGGGAGGAGGAAUGGGAGGAGGCCAGGACGCUGCUGCCAAACACAAACAGCUCUCGGAGCUUCUCCGGGCUGGAGCGCUGCCACCCUCGGGUCAACAGGGAGCUACCAACAGCCCCGGUGGCUCCAUGGGACUCCUGGGCAGCAUGAAUGCCUCCCCUGGGCCCCAGAGUAUGGGCCCCCAGGGGCAGCACCCCUCACCCCAGCAGGCUGGCAUGAUGCAGCAGGCGGGCAUGGUGGGUGGACUGAACAGGGCCAUGAUGGGGGCCCAGAAGGGCAACGGACAGCAUCAAGGGUCCACGCCCCAGGGCAUGAUGGGAGGCCAGGUGAUGAAUGGCUCACCCCGAAUGGGUUACCAGGUCAACCCGGGAAUGGGAAGUAACAGUAACCUGCUGGCAGAAACCCUGCAGCAGCAAAUUGGGUCAGGUGGUCAGGCUGGGAUGAGGCCACAGCAACCUGGAGCACUGAACAAGAUGAAUAUGAUGGCUAAUGCGGGCCCCUAUGGUGGUCCGUACGGUCAGUCAGCAGGCCAGGGUCUGGGUGGUGCUGGGCUGGGCCCACAGCACCAGAACAAGGCUGGUCUGACCAACAGCCUGGCCCAGUUCAACCUGGACAAGAAGACACCGCCUAUACAGGGCAUGGCUGGGAUGGCCUCACAGCAGGCCUCGGCGAUAGGGCCAGUGUCGGUGGGUGGAGCGGCGGUUGGAGCCGGGGCCCAGGCUGGCCUUGGUACUGUGGCAACAGGUCCGGGGGCAGCGCCCCCCACGGCCGACCCGGAGAAGCGCAAGCUGAUUCAGCAGCAGCUGGUGCUCCUGCUCCACGCCCACAAGUGCCAGCGGCGGGAGCAGGCCAACGGGGAGGUGCGCCAGUGCAGCCUGCCCCACUGCCGCACCAUGAAGAACGUCCUCAACCACAUGACCCACUGCCAGGCUGGCAAGUCCUGCCAGGUGGCACACUGUGCCUCGUCGCGACAGAUCAUCUCUCACUGGAAGAACUGCACUCGGCAYGACUGUCCUGUCUGCCUGCCGCUCAAGAACGCUGGAGACAAAAGGAACCAGCAAUCUCUACUAAGCAGUGCUGUGGUUAGCCUGGGCAACUCAUUAGGGGCAGUGCCAGGGGGUCAGCCCAGYACCCCUAACCUCACCCCGCCCAGCCAGAUCGACCCCAGCUCCAUUGAGAGGGCCUACGCUGCCCUGGGCCUCACCUACCAGGGCAACCAGAUGCCCCAGCAACCACCUCAGGCCAACCUGCCCAACCAGCCUGGCAUGAGGUCGCUAAACGCCAUGGGAGGGAACCCCAUGGGGAUGAAUGGAGGGGUGGGGGUGCAGUCCCCCAAUCAGUCCAACUUGCUACCAGACGCCAUGCUCCACAACAAUAUGAAUGUGCAAAGUUUGAUGAACGACGGCAGCGGGGUGGGCAGCCUGGGCGCCAUGCCCAUGGCGACCCCUCCCUCAGCCGCGGGCAUGAGGAAGAACUGGCACGAGGACAUCACCCAGGACCUGCGCAACCACCUCGUCCACAAGCUGGUGAGCAGUGUGCAGGCCAUCUUCCCCACCCCGGACCCGGCUGCGCUGAAGGACCGGCGGAUGGAGAACCUGGUGGCWUACGCUCGUAAAGUAGAGGGGGACAUGUACGAGUCAGCCAACAGCAGGGCGGAGUACUACCACCUCCUGGCUGAGAAGAUCUAUAAAAUCCAGAAAGAACUCGAGGAGAAGCGGCGGACGCGGUUACAGAAGCAGGGCAUGAUGCCCACGCAACCCGGCAUGCCCCCCUCAGGCCUGCCACAGGGACCCCUUGGCAUGGGCCAGUCGCCUCUGGCCCCCGGACAGCCAUCCAAUGGUUCUCAUGCUGACCCCUCCAUGAUUCGACCCACCGGACCCAAUCAGAUGGUGAACAGGAUGCAGAACCCUGCAGGGAUGAAUCAGUUUGGACAAAUGGGUAUGCAGUCAUUAGGUCAGAGGUCAACACCUCCCCUCCCACUUGGUGGACCUCUAAAUCAGAUGGGUAUGGGGCCAACGCGGAUGGGGCAGCCCAAUGUGGCCCAGCUCCAGAACCAAUACCUCCCUCCUAGUCAGUUCCCUGGGUCCAGUCCUGGCCUCGGGGCUGGCCCAGUCGGCAUGAACCAUCCAGGGCCACAAGGAGGCGUGACACAGCAGGCCCAGAUGCCCACGCCGCCCUCGCUCCCGGUCAGCAGCCCUGCAGCCCAGCCAGGCUCAGUGGCAGGAUCAGGGCACUCCCAGGGCUCUAUGGGGCCAGGCAGUGUAGGUGGAGGCCCUGCUUCCAACCUGCAACUGCCUAACUCCAACUCCUCUCAGCCCAACUCACACCCGCACUGCCCCCCCAUCCGACAGAACUCCCCCUCCCCGGCACGCAGCCUCACGCCAACCCCUCAUCAGACGCCACCUGGUCUGCCAGGCUCUCAAACCCCCCAGCCUCACACGCCCAACCCGCCCCAGGUUGCAGCUCCACUCCCGCAGCAGCAGCUAGCGUCGUCACAGCCAAUGGGGCAAGGAAUGAACUCGGAGAAGCCCAGUCAGCUCCAGCAGCAGACAAACGGUGGUGGAGCUUCUGGAGGCCUCCAGACGGGGCAGGCUCAGUCUGUGCCUACCCAGAAUGCCCAUGUGCCAACCCAGCUUCCGCAAACUCCACUGUCUCAGAAGUCUUCUCUGACGGCAGACGGCCAGGCUUCCACUCCGGCCUCGGUGAGCAGCGUGGACCCUAGCUCCCAGCUGACCUCGUCGGAAGCCCCCGCCCCAGCGGAGCCAAAGUUGGAGGUGAAACAGCAGGACGAUGAGGAUGCCGAGGACCAGGGAGAGGGGAAGGCCUCUGGGAAGAUGGGCAAGGGACAGGCAGACAUCAAGUCAGAGGAGAAACCUGAGAUUAAGAAGGAGAAGCCUUCAGGCGACGGAUGCAAGGGCGAGCCUAUGGACACAUCGUCAUCGGCAGCAACGCUGAAGAUGGAGGACAGAGACAGGAAGCCAGAGGUGAAGACUGAGCCCAAAGACGAAGAGGAGAGUUCGGGGGCAUCAGGCACGCACAGCUCCCCCGCCAGCGCUCAGAACAAGAGGAAAAUCUUUAAGCCUGAGGAGCUGCGUCAGGCUCUGAUGCCCACCCUGGAGGCCUUGUACCGCCAAGACCCUGAGUCUCUGCCCUUCCGCCAACCGGUGGACCCCCAGUUACUGGGAAUACCCGUACGUAUUCGAACUAGUAACAAAACUAACCUGGACUACUUUGACAUUGUAAAGAACCCCAUAGACCUGUCGACGAUAAAGCGUAAGCUGGACACGGGACAGUACCAGGAACCCUGGCAAUACGUGGAUGACAUCUGGCUCAUGUUUAACAAUGCCUGGCUGUACAACCGCAAGACAUCCCGCGUCUACAAGUACUGCUCCAAGCUGGCCGAGGUGUUCGAAGCUGAAAUCGACCCGGUCAUGCAGGGCCUGGGCUACUGCUGCGGGAGGAAGCUUGAGUUUUCCCCCCAAACUCUAUGCUGCUAUGGGAAACAGUUAUGCACCAUCCCGCGUGACGCUGCUUAUUUUAGUUACCAGAACAGUUCACCACAAUUUGGGCUUCUUGCUGACAGGUACCACUUCUGUGAGAAGUGUUUCAACGAAAUCCAGGGCGAGUGCGUGUCCCUGGGGGAUGAUCCUUCUCAGCCUCAGACGUCCAUCAGCAAAGAUCAGUUUCAGAGGAAGAAGAAUGACACGCUCGACCCUGAAUGGCUUGUGGAAUGUACCGACUGCGGGCGUAAAAUGCACCAAAUCUGUGUCCUGCAUAAUGACACCAUAUGGCCGGCAGG